UGAGUUCCUGCUGGAAUGUCGCUCCUUUGGGUUUCUGGUUCCGGGCUCCCUCACCGUGGUUUCUGCUCCGACCUGGUUUUAGGGGAUUUCUCGUCCUCCACCCCACCCCAUUUGGAGCGGAGUGAGAAGCGGGACUUGACGUCCGGGGUCAGGUUCCCCCGUGCAUGGAUCGGAAGACGCGCACCUUUGCGGAGCAGCAUUACCGGGACCUCGGAGGCCGAGUUCCUGGCGUUGGUGGGCCCGCUCCCAGUAGUGUGACCUUCAUUCAGGCGCCGGCUGCCUUCUCCUACGCCGACUUCGUGAAGGGCUUCCUGCUGCCUAACCUGCCCUGCGUGUUUUCCAGCUCCUUCACCGAGGACUGGGGCAGCCGGCGGCGCUGGGUGACGUCGGAGGGAAAGCCUGACUUCGACUACCUGCUGCAGAAGUAUGGCGAUGUCGUUGUACCGGUUGCUAACUGUGGAGUGCGGGAAUACAAUUCAAACCCCAAGGAGCACAUGUCCUUCCGUGACUAUGUCAGUUACUGGAAAGAGUACAACCGUGGAGGCUGCUCUUCUCCGCGGGGCUGCCUCUACCUCAAGGACUGGCACCUGUGCAGAGACUCUUUGGUGGAUGACUUGGAAGACAUAUUCACGCUGCCUGUGUACUUCUCUUCAGACUGGCUGAAUGAGUUCUGGGACGUCCUCAAUGUGGAUGACUACCGCUUUGUCUAUGCGGGCCCCAGAGGCACCUGGUCUCCGUUCCAUGCAGACAUCUUCCGCUCCUAUAGCUGGUCAGUCAACAUCUGUGGGAGGAAGAAAUGGUUGUUCUUCCCGCCAGGGCAUGAGGAAGCCCUUCGGGACUGCCAUGGUGGCCUGCCUUAUGAUGUGACUUCCCCUGAGCUCCUGGACACGCGCCUGUAUCCCAGGAUCCAACACGACAGCCUACCCCUUGAAGUCAUACAGGAGGCUGGUGAGAUGGUGUUUGUGCCCAGCGGGUGGCACCAUCAAGUGUACAACCUGGACGACACCAUCUCUAUCAACCACAACUGGGUCAAUGGCUGCAACGUGGCAAACAUGUGGCACUUCCUGCAGCAAGAGCUCCAGGCAGUGCAGCAUGAGGUUGCAGAGUGGAAAGACACCAUGCCUGAUUGGCACCAACACUGCCAGGUCAUCAUGAAGUCCUGCACCGGGAUCAGUUUUGAAGAGUUUUACCAUUUCCUCAAGGUCAUCGCUGAGAAGAGGUUCCUGGUCCUGAGGCAAGGAGUGAAGGAGGGGACAGGGGACAGCACAAGCCUAGGACUGGGCCUACAGCAGGCUGCGUUUGAUGUUGGCCGCCUUGCAGAUGUGCUGGCCUCUGUGGUUGCACAUCCUGACUUUCAGAGGGUGGACACCAGCGCAUUCUCACCACAGCCCAAGGAGCUGCUGCAGCAACUCGAGGAUGCUGUGGCUGCUGCCGAGGCUUUUUAGUAGCUGCAGAUCAAGAUGAAGAAAGGUAGCAGAGGGCAGCCUCUUGCCCCAGGAAAUGCAGGGUGCGCUCCCCUCAGGCCUAGGAUGGGCCUCAAGCCUGUAGGUGCACCUCAGCAGGGUGGGCAGACAUAGUCUUGCCCAUCCUAUGCUGUUUCCCAGUAUCUAGGCCCUGAAUCUUGAGGAUGGUCCAGACAAAAUGGUGGCUAGAGGGAUGUUCAUCUGUCUGGCAUAUAGCAAGCCUGCCAAGAACUUGAAUUGAGUAGUGAUCAUGAAACCAGGUUUCCUUGGACCGUUCCUGUCUCUCCUAGUGUUUCUAGGACUCCUGAGUGAUGGACAUCCGAUCUGCUUACCUUGGAGGUGUCCCUGUGUGACCUGGGACAUAAAUAUAUAUGUACAUUUGCAGUCACACUCCAAGCCUCUCUGUCUUCUACUUUUGUCCUGGGAGCUCCAGACUCCAACUGUACUAGAAGGAGUGAACCAGGGACUUCCUAAAAUGGGUGCUGUUCCCCUGUGGCUGGAAACACAGUGCUCAGUGGCUGAAAACCCAGGCACUGGUCCAGGAUGGAGAUGGCUGCUGCAGGUUGAGGGCCAAGUCGUCUUCUUCCCCACAGCCUUCCUUCAAGGCCUGGCUUGCUGUGCUAACCCAUCUGCGGCCUGAGAGGGCAUAGUGCCAGACCCAAAGCAGAAGUGCAGGGAGCCCUGCAGAAAAGACAGG